AUGCACCCCCUUCCAAUUUUGGCAUCCCUAGCCCCUCCACCUACCUCUAGCCUUCCCCCCUCGGAUCAGACGCCGCCACCUCAAAAUCCGCGCCGCCGGCAACAUCCAGCCGCCUCUCCCUCGUUUUCCGGCGCCAGCUACCACCGUUCCGCCACAUGGCGCGCCGCCAGUGGCCGAGCCGCCACCAGCCACCUCCCGCGGCCAAUCCGGGCAGGCCACGCGUCCUCCCCGAGCCUCCCACUGUGCCGGGCCCGCCGAAGCCCAUCCGCGGCUCGCCCCGGGCUGAUCUGGGCCCGAGGCGCACCGCGCCGCCCGCCGCCCAAGCUCCUCCGCCGCCGUUCGCCGGACCCCGUCACCGCACACCCGCGCCUCCCCACUCCCCGCGUCGUCGCCUGCGCCUCGCAUCACCACCUGCGCCUCCCCGCACCUCCACUGCGCCGCUGCUCCGCCGGCCGCGUCGCGCUCCGCCGCGCCGCCUACUGCGCCGCGCCGCCCGCGCCUGCAGUCGUCGCCAUUGCUCCGCAGCCGCGUCGCACCCCGCUGGACCUCACCGCCGCCGCCGGGAGUCGCCUCCUCCUCGCCGGCGCCCCGCUCCUCCGUCGCCGGAGCUCGCCCGCACAUCCUCGCGCCUCGCCGGAGUCAUCUUCGGCCGGAUCCGGCGAGGUCCGGCCCGGAACCGCCGGGUGGAUGGGAUCCACCGGCUCAUCGAUCCAAACGGCCUCGCUGCACCACACCGUCCCGCUCCGCUCGAUCCCGCGUUGA